CACCGCUGUAUGCAUUCCAGAGCGGCCAGUUAGGUGUUCUGUGGGCCAGUCCACUAAACAGUUACUGCGCUGUCUGCUGUCUCGUCAGUGCGUUUCGAAGCUCCCGCCGUUCAAGAUUAGAUCGAUAAGCAUGUUGUCUGCGGUUGUCAAACAAGGUGCUCUGACAACGACACAAGUUGUGGGCAGGCAUGCUGUGCGACGUGUCUCCAGUGGCUGGGCAGCCACACAGGCACUCCUGCAGGAACAGCUGGCCGACAUUCGUGAGGCUGGCACAUACAAGACGGAAAGGGUGCUCACGUCCCGCCAGGCGGCGUUGGUGCAUGUUGCAGGCUGGGACCGGCCAGUGCUCAACCUGUGCGCCAACAACUACCUGGGACUCUCGAGUCACCCAGAUGUGAUCGAGGCUGGCAAGAUGGCUCUUGACACCCAUGGUGCAGGGUUGAGCUCAGUGCGUUUCAUCUGUGGAACACAGGACAUUCACAAGGAACUGGAGCAAAAGAUUGCACGCUUCCACAACCGGGAGGAUGCCAUUCUGUACGCUAGCUGCUUUGAUGCCAAUGCGGGCAUCUUUGAGGUUCUCCUGAGCCCUGAGGACGCAGUGCUGUCGGAUGAGCUCAACCAUGCUUCCAUUAUUGAUGGAAUCCGUCUCUGCAAGGCGCAGAAGUACCGCUACAAGCAUCGAGACAUGAAUGACCUGGAGGAGAAGCUGCAGGACGCUGUUGGGAAAAGUCGCCAGCGGCUCAUCGCCACUGAUGGAGUCUUCAGCAUGGAUGGCAAUGUAGCUCCACUUAGGGACAUUUGUGACCUUGCUGACCGCUAUGAUGCCAUGGUGUUCGUCGAUGAGUGCCACGCCACGGGCUUCUUUGGCAGCAGUGGCAGGGGUACCGAGGAACACUUUGGUAUUUCUGGCCGUGUGGACAUCAUCAACUCUACUCUGGGCAAGGCACUAGGAGGCGCUGCAGGAGGCUACACUACGGGCCGCCGAGAUCUGGUGGACCUUCUUCGGCAGCGCUCACGGCCUUACCUCUUCUCCAACUCUCUGCCUCCACCUGUUGUGGCAUGCGCCUCAAAAGUGCUGGACAUCCUCCUGGCUAGUCCCAAGUUGGCACAGCAGGUGGCCUCGCUGACAAAGCACUUUCGUUUGCGCAUGACAUCUGCUGGCUUCACUAUCUCUGGUGACGACCACCCCAUCUGCCCUGUGAUGCUGGGUGAUGCACGUCUGGCAGCUGAUUUUGCUGAUGGCAUGCUGGAGCAAGGCGUGUAUGUGAUUGGCUUCAGCUACCCAGUGGUACCCAAAGGCAAGGCUCGCAUUCGAGUGCAGAUCUCGGCAGCACAUUCCAUGGAGGACAUAGACCGCACUGUGGAUGCCUUCAUCACAGUAGGCAAGAAGUUCGGAGUGGUUCCGUAGUACCCAGAUCUCAGCCCAUUACAAGGAAUAUCGAUUGGCUUGAGCUUUAUCUGCAUCACCGUCCACCAAAGGUCGCUUUUGUAUGGUUUUGGGUUUAGGACUACUGAAAACGGCCUUCUAAUCUGUCGGCAGACCCAGAACUGCUUGGAUACACUAUUGCUUUUCACAUUUUUUAUUACCAACUGUGCUGGGUUCAAAUAUACGUAGUUUUAACAUUA